AGGCUGAGAGUUGGGAGGAAACAAUUUUAAUUUUUUAUUGACUAUGUCCUCUGACUUUUUUUUUUACUUAGACAGACGUUCGCUGCCAAAGUUACUCAGAUAAUCUAUCCACCAUUCUAGUUCCGAGGCAGAAUUCUCUAUUCUGUUCCAUGAAUAGCUCUUGUUAAGAGGCUUUGACUUAAAGAGUACCAAGAUGAAACUGAAGCAAGGAUCGUUUCUGUGGUACCUCUAUCUGGACAAAAUAUACUGCUUAUUAUCUGUGAGAAAUGUGAAGGCCUUAAUAGAAUAUUUUCACCUUCUUGAUGUGCACUGCAAGAACACCUUGAAUGACGUGCUCUUCUUUCACUUCUUGCAUCAUGUGACGAACCUGAACCGGCCACAGAUCAUGUUUAUAUUUGACAUGCUGGACUGGAAUGCUGUGGGCGAGAUUGGUUUUGACCAGUUCUACAUGUUGGUUUGCAUACUGCUGUCACAUCAGAACCACUUGGAAGAGCAAUUUAUUUAUCGCCAUUCCCGGCCUGUCUUUGAGCUGCUUGACCUGGAUGGGGACCUGAGAAUUAGCCUAGAUAACUUCAGAUUGUACAGCUUUCUCUUCAAUAUUAAAAAGCAGGAACUCGAAGAGCUCUUCCAUGACUUUGAUUUCACAGGUGACCAUCGUCUUAAUUACAAGGAAUUUAAGCUGUUUACAAUCUUCUCCAUUGACAAAUACCAGGAGAGGCAGAAAGCCGAGAAAGAGAAAAAGUAUCCCCUCAAAAAGAGUCUCCAAACAAGGUGA